CUCUUUACUUUCUCAAUUCUAUUGAUACCUUUAAUUAGGCUAUGCAUCAAGAUCAAUAAUUCGUUAUUCUUCUGUUGGGAUGCAAAUUAUAGAUUGCCGUUUCCCAAAAUUGAUAGAUGCCGUGUUAUAAUUUUAGGAUAACAUGAAUGUUCUGUUGGCUCCAUGCUUGUUUCUAAUGUUGAAUUGGAUAUUGUAGGUCUUGGAUCUCUGCUAAAUAUGAUACUUUGAAACCUUAAUCUUAAUAUAUUCUUUCUCUACAGUUUUACACAAGCAUCAAAUUAAUUGGCAUUCUUUGAUAACUUUCGUAUAAUUGUAUGGUUCUGACAAUUAUAGUUAAAAUAGCAAUAUAUAUUUUUUUGUAUCCUUGCAAUUCAUUCUUGGAGCACUAUAACAAUCAUAGCCAGCCCCAAUUGUCUGUCAUGCUCAUCUGCUUCACAAUUACCACCUCUAUUUAACUUUAGUUCUAGUGGCACUAGUGCUGAUGGUGCUUACAUCUCUUCAAUUUCCUGGGAGCAAUUCUAUCAAAAUUGUUAACCCAUCAUUAUUUUGUGACCAAACACAGAAAUAAUAUUUCCACCAAAUUUCAUCACGAAUGGAAUUCCCUUCAACCAAACAUGUACAAAUUUCUCACUGACUUUGAACUGUUUUGAUAUCUGAAAUACUUAAGAGCGCCAAACCAAUAGGCCAAAUGAAUUAUUACUUGUACACCCUUCUGGUAAAAUGGCAAUCAUGGAAAAUUCAUAAGAUUUGAUGUGAAUCUGCAACUCAAACUUCAUUAUUUGUUUGCUUUGAUCCACUUGGACAUGAACACUUGAAGACCAUGUUAAAAAUCAAAUUGAGAAGUUUCUUCAACAAAUGGUCAGCUUCCUCUUGAGCCACUCACCGUUGGAACAACACUCAGUGUCUUGUGUACCUUCCAGUUCCAUACAAUGAUCACCACUUUUGCCUUGUUACACAUCUACGAGAUUUUUUUUAAUCAACUAUUAAAGCUAAACAUGACACUUGUUUAACCUAGUGUGUCAUUAGAUCAUUUUAGCUGUUAGUGGGGAUUUCAGGAUUAGAUAAAGAUAAUUAACGAUGAAAAAUUAUCUAUAUCUAUGACUAUGAAAUUUAACUUAUAUGAUAAAUGUUUAGGAUUAUACUUUAGAAUCUAAGCAAUAGGGAGAUGCACUGAUUCUACUAUCAUGUACAAUGCUUAACGCCAUUCUGUUUUGCUAAAACACAUGAUGAAUCAGAGGUUUGCUUAACAUCUAAUAUUCACUUAAUUUUAAACUAUAAAUAUCGAAAAGACAAGCAAUAGCAUAGAUCAAAAUAAAAAACAUAAAUAAACCAAAAUCAGAUCAAAAUAUAUAUUAAGAUACAUAAUAAAAAUAACCUUAGGAUGACUUUAAAUAUCAAAAUUUCCCUUUUAGAGUGAUUUCAGAAUUACUUCAUGAGCUAAAAGAACUUCUUGAAAGUUGUUGAGACAUAUUCCAUGUGAAAAUAAAAAAUAAUAUUAAAGACUAAAUGAAGGAUAUCAGUAACCUAAAGAUGGCUUUGAACCUCAAAAUUUGUCCAUCAGAAUAAAAAUCAGCUUGAUGAGUUCAAAAAUCAGCUUCAAUUCAAAGUCUACAUAUCCUUUCUUAGCUGUAAAUGAUCUUGGCAACGAGUGAGUGUUCCAUUGAGUGAUAGUUUUUCAGUAGUAGUUUUGCUUGAUCCAACCUCACUUUCAUCCUUGAGAUAAUUGUGUUAUUGAAGUAGUACUCAGUAUUUUGCAAAAUAGUAGCAAUUAGGUUGAGGUCGACAAGCAAGAGUUCAUCAAAUCAUCCAACCAGCUGCCUCACAAGAGUAGGGUGCUGUUAGUAUUGUUAACUUUGAAGAUCCUAACUUUCCUAAGGUGGAUGAACCUCAGGGAGGCUUGGUCUGAUCAAUUUUGUUAGUAUUUGCUUGCUUGGUGGUCCAACCCAACUUUGAUCUCCAGGAUCAGUCUGCCAUUGAAGUAGUCAAAACUCUGCUAAAUAACUUGCAUUUUUAUUGAGGUUGAUAAGCAUGUGAUGGACCAUCAGUGCUACUGAGGCUCACCAGUAUUGUUGUCACCUGAAGAGCCAAUCCACUAGAACUUAUUAAUUAAUACUUUUUUAAGGCUAGAUUCAUGUUUUUAAUUAAGGAAAAGAUGAGUGUGUGUAUUGGUAUUUUGCCUUAAAAAAUGCUGUGAGAGAGACUCGCGGCGAACUUCCUCCCCAAGCAUCUCGGAGAAAUAAAAACCUUCGUUGGCCUAAAAAUUGAACCAAACAAAAGGGAGCGAGCCGAAGGUGAAGCGAAACCAGGGAAGCAAUGUUGUUGAAAUCUGUGGUCGAGUGUGAGGUGGCGGCGAACCACGACGUCCUCUGCUUCUGGUUGCACACCGUCAAGGGCGACAUCGUUGGAACCGACCCACUUCAAUCCCUUCGGGAGUCCGCAAGUAGAUUUUGGGAGGAUACCAAGCGGUUCGGUUUGGACCUCACUUAUGGAUCGUCUCUCAAUCUGAGGAGAGAUCUCGACACUCAAAUUCUCUCUAGUGCCAUGAGAUUCAGAAACUUUUAGACCACUAGACAUGCACCAUGGAAUGGAAGUUCGCAUUGGCAUAUCGAAAGGACCUGUAGUCCGAGUGUCAUCUAAUUCAAUGUCUCAGCAUGCUCUGUUAUGCGUACUCGCUGUGUUUGUUUUGUGGAUCAUUUCAAGUUUCAACUUCAUACUGUGAACUAAUUUGUCCUCCUCUAUUAAAUGAUAAAAUGGUCCAAUAUACUCAGCGAUCAAUUUGAACAUGAAACACUGGUGCAGAAUGAGCUAAGCUGCUGGAAUACCAUUUGUAUUUUCUCCAUAUUUCAUAAUUUUUGCUUGUCCUAAAAUGGCAUACUUAGUCUUGAAUUUCCUUGAGUUGCCUUGAGAAACUAGAUACACUUCUAAAGUUGCUUUAGG